UAUUAUUGAAGCGCAAUUGUUGUAAGUGAAAAAGAAGAAGAAAAAAAUAAAGGUUAUUAUGGAAAAUGCUGAAGUACAAUUUUUUAAAUUAGUAGAAAAUGGCAAUUUAGAAGAACUAAAGACUUUUCUUUCAAAGAAUCCUGAACUGAAUAUAAAUUGUUUAAAUUUUCAAGGUUUUUCUGGUCUUCACCUUGCAAUAAACAGCGAAUUAGUGCAUAUUGUUGAAUUUUUGAUUUCUAGACCAGAAAUUAACUUGUCUGAUUGCGUUUUGCAUGCAAUUUCUGUGGGAAAUAUUGAGAUAACGACUAUGAUUUUAGAUGCUCUCAGCAAAAAAGAGCCGGAUUUAGAAUUUAUGGCAUAUCCGGAUAGUAUAGAAUUUAGUUUAGGAUUGACUCCACUUCUUCUUGCCGCACAAAAAGGAAAUAUAGAAAUAAUUCGUUUAUUAAUGAAGCGAAAUCAUAAAACUAGUAUUCCACACAUUCCAACAUGUUUGUGUAGAGAAUGUAAAGAAGUAAUUCGAGAAACUGGAAUACUGGAUUUAACAACGAAGAGACUAGAUAUUUUUAAAGGAAUCUGUAAUCCUUAUUAUAUUUGCCUAUCUUCUAGCGAUCCAAUAUUGACAGCCUUCGAUCUGGAUCUACAACUAAAAUUUUGUGCUCAAAUGGAGAAAGAAUAUUAUAUGGAAUAUAAUACACUUUCCGAAAACGUACGAAUGUUCGCUGUCGAUUUAUUAUCUCAAUGUUCAGAUAUUCAAGAAGUUAAAAAAAUAUUAAAAUUAAAAAGAGGUUCUUCUUGGAAAAGAUCAAAAUAUCCAAGACUACAAAUAGCUUUGGAUUACAAACAGAAAGAAUUUGUUGCUCAUCCAAGUGUCCAAAAAAUAGUAACUGCGGAAUGGAAUGGUGCUUGGACAACAUUUUCGAAGUACCGCACUUGGAAGAAAGGCUUAAUCAUUCUAUUUCGUAUGUUUAUUCUUCCUAUAGUUUUCUUCACAGUUUUAUUAUUGCCCAAUUCUUAUUGGGGGAAAAGAUGGAAAUGCCCUCUAAGUAGAUUUCUCAACGAAUUGGCAUCCUAUCUUAUAUUUUUGAUUUUUCUAUUCCUGCUUAUCAAAAUCGAUAUAAAACAAUCGUCUCGAGGACCUCCCUCUACUGGUUUAGAAGGAGUGGUUGCUCUAUGGAUCAUAGGUUAUUUAUUUUCCUCAUUAAGAUCUUUGUGCAUUCAAGGUUGGAACAGAUUCCGGCAAUACUGGUGGAACAUUUACUCUUUGAUCAUGGAAUUAAUUUUUAUAUCGACGUUUGUAUUUUGGAUUCUGUCGUGGGUAGAUGUUUUAGAAUAUGGAUUUGCUGAUCUCCCUAGAAAUUUUUGGCCUGGUAACGAUUAUACUUUAAUUCAUGAAGGACUUCUGUGCAUCGCUGGUAUUAUGGCAGCUGGCCGAUUAUUUUAUUUUUUUCACCAGAGUUCUCGAUUGGGACCACUGCAGGUUUCUCUGCUAGUAAUGUUAAAGAAUGUGACUUUAUUUUUGAUAGUAUGCUUCAUUUUACUAUGUUUAUUAGCAAUUUGCAUGACAAAUUUAUACGCGCCUUACCGAGAAAUGAAGCAAACUGAUGCACAAGGAAAAGUUACAGUCCAGUCCAUAGCUUUUACAUCGAUCGAUAAUUCCAUAAAAUCAUUAUUCUGGACAAUAUUUGGAUUGGUCGAUCUGGAUUCAACAGAUAUAAUUGUUUCAAAUACAGAUUUACAAAUAACAGAUGUAAUUCAUCACGAUAUAACUGAAGCCACUGGACAAAUUUUAUUUGCAGUUUAUCAUAUUUUUAUGAAUAUUAUCUUUAUUAAUGUUUUGGUCGCAAUUCUUAUAAGCGAUUUCCAAGCAGUGAUGGAUGAUGCCGAUAAAGAGUGGAAAUUUAGUAGAACUAUGCAAUGUGUACUGUACUUUCGAGAUGCUGAAUUACUUCCAUCACCAUUCAAUCUCUUUCCAAAUGCCCGUUAUAUAACUAAAUUCAUUAGAUCUAUUAGAAAUGCUAUGAAAAUUAAAGAUCCCAAGCUUAAAAAACCAGUACAUCCAUUAUUGGCUUGGAUUCCAUUCUGUUAUGUGGAAGAUGAGGAAAAGUAUGAUGAUCCUGUUGAAUACCAGGAAUUAAUGACUAAAAUGAUUCAACGAUACUUAAGAAGUCAAUCUCUCGAUGUUAACAUUAGCAGAACAAAAAUUUCGUCAAAAUUACUUUGAACAGUUUGCAUAUAAUUCAUGGAACAUUAAAGCAGGAUUAAAGCUGCAAA